AUGUCACCUAAGGAGCCCUCACCUUUCAACACUAUGACUCUCUUCAAGGACCACUCUUGGAGAGUAGCCUUGAUUACAGGCCUGCUCAGUUGGAGCCUCCAUAACACAAGGCUCGCCUUCUUAAUGGAGUCGGCUAUCACCGGAAAUAGCAGUAUCUCCGUUCUUGCUUGGGGUAUCCUGACGCUCGGACUCUGCAAUUGGCUACGCCUUGAGAUCAACACCAUUUUGCUUCGAUCCAAGCUUCCUCGGGGAGAUUUGGGACUCUUGUUUCUGGGAAACUUGUAUGAGGCUCUUGUCAACAACCCCGCCAAUAUCUGGUACGAUCAGAGAGCCAAGUUUGGCAGAUUCUUCUCCACAAAUGGAGUCUCCUUGCAUGUGACAGGCUGGACGGCAGAAUCCACGGCUUGGCUCUGGAACGUGGAACGCAAGGGAGGAGCCGUCACGUCGUGGCCACCUCAAAUACAAAAACUCACUGGAAAAACCGCCUUGACCAACGUCAAUGGAGCCCAUCAUCGGGCAUUGCGCAGGAUCCUGGAACCAGCGUUUACGCCGAAGGCAACACGCGAUUACGUCAAGACAAUCGACACUGUCAUGCAACAAACGUUCCGAGAAUGGAGCGAGCGCGACACAACAAUCUCCUCCGAUGAUCUCAAACUGCUGACACUGCGGGUGUUCCUCUUGGCAGCAUUUGGCAAAGAGUUGGAACCGAACACUCGGGAUGUGUUACACCGUGAUUUUAAAAUUUGGACGGAAGGUUUUGGCAGCAUCAUCCCAUACCGACUUCCCUUCACACAGUUUGCAAAGUCCAUGGAUGCCAGAGACAGAAUUCGAAAGACAUUGGAGGAGGUCAUUAUCCAAUUCAAAAAGGACAAUCCUCCAGGAUCAUUUCUGGCCGAGACAACCAUGGUUGGUCGGGCAUGCUACGGGUUGGACGAAGAGGGCAAGACCAUGUCCAUGGAAGAACUCAAAGAUAAUCUGCUGGCCAUGAUAUUUGCAGGUCACGACACGACAUCAGCCAGUAUGGGUACUGCCAUUCACUUCCUUUGUGAGAACCACGCCAUUCGACAGGCGCUGACUGAGGAAGUGAAAGGAUUCAAAAAACCUCUUGAUUUUGAUGAACUCAAGGCGGCUCCCAUUCUGAAUGCUUUCCUGGCAGAAUGCUGGCGUCGCGAUCCACCUGCCAUGUUCAUCUUUCGAAAGCUACAGGGAUCUUGGAACCAUGAAGGUUUUCAACUACCGUCUGGAUUGAGAUUCAACAUUUCUGUAAAGUUGGCUGCAUGGAACGAAGAACUCUUCCCACAACCAGAGAAGUUUGAGAUUCAAAGGUUCUUGCCCAAGGACCACCCACUCGUAGACAACCCUGAACUUGGCGAGGCAGCGAAGAGUGUGGAAUUCAACAGUGAUGGAAUGAAAGCCAACUUUCCCAUCUUUGGCGGGGCCAGGCAUGCUUGCCUCGGAAGCCACUUUGCAAAGGUGGAAAUGAGGGUAUUUGUGACAAGAUUACUUCAAUCCUACUGCGUUGAAGAGCUGAGUGCAGAAAAGAUGCACUCCCCAAUCAACGGAUGGAAAACUCGGUUUCAGCUGGCUUGCCCAGCAAGCUAG